AUGCAUAGCCCUGCCGCUGAAAUUGUGGCAGGGUACCCUAGUGGGUGUGUGGUGGAUAAAGAUGCUAAUCCAGAGACAACCUUGGGGAGUGCCUGCUCUCCGGUGGACUACAUGAGCAUCACUAGCUUCCCCAGGCUGCCAGAGGACGAUGCGAUGUCCGGGGAAAACACAUUGAAAUCUCGCAAGGAUGAUGACAACGUCCUGAGUGAGCAAGAUACAGACCCGGAUCUGUUUUUGAAGUCGGCUCGUCUCCAGCGCCUCCCAUCCUCAGCCUCUGACCUGGCCAGCCAUGACAUUGCAUCCCUGCGGGAGACCUCCAGAGACCCCUUUACAGAAGAGUGUGCCUGCCAGCGAGAUGGACUCACAGUCAUCAUCACAGCCUGUCUCACCUUUGCCACUGGAGUCACUGUAGCUCUCAUCAUGCAGAUCUACUUUGGAGACCCACAGGUCUUCAACCAAGGAGCAGUGGUGACAGAUGUGGCUCAGUGUACAUCUCUUGGGUUUGACGUUUUGGGGAAGCAGGGAUCCAGUGUUGAUGCUGCCAUCACUGCCGCCCUCUGUUUGGGGAUUGUGCAUCCUCACACCUCUGGUUUAGGAGGUGGUGGAGUUAUGUUGGUGCAUGACAUACGAAAGAAUGAGACAAGGGUCAUUGACUUCAGAGAGACGGCACCGUCUGGCAUCCUUGAGGAGAUGCUGCAGACAAACCUUGAUCUCAAUCCUGGUCGGCUAGUGGGAGUACCAGGCAUGCUCAGUGGGAUGCAUCAAGCGCACCAGCUGUAUGGCAGAAUACCGUGGAAGGAUGUUGUUACCAUGGCAGCAGAUGUGGCCAGAAACGGAUUUAAUGUUACGCAUGACUUGGCUGAAGCUCUGGCUAAAGUUAAAGACCAAAACAUUUCGGAUUCAUUUCGGGAUUUGUUCCUCCCCAACGGCCAGGCUCCUCUCUCUGGGCUGUUCAGCAGACGUCUUGAUUUGGCGACCAUCUUGGAUGCUGUCGCAGCUAAGGGGAUAUCUGAGUUCUACAGUGGAAACCUGACGCAGGAAAUGGCUGCUGCAGUGCAAGCAAGAGGUGGGGUUCUCACAGAGGAUGAUUUUGGAAACUACACCACAGUCCUACAGAAACCAGCAGAGAUCACCUACCAGGGACACCACGUGAUGGCAGCCCCAGCCCCACAUGCAGGUGUUGCCCUGAUCACUGCCCUUAAUAUCUUGGAGGGCUACAACAUUACCAGCCAGCUGCCCAGGAACAGCACCUACCACUGGAUUGCAGAGUCUGUGAAGAUAGCUCUGGGUCUGGUGAGUGGGCUGGGAGACCCCAUGUUUGACACUUCUGUCUCAGAGCUUCUAGCCAAAAUGCUAAGUAAAUCGCAGGCUUCCGUACUCCGCCAGAUGAUCAGUGACUCUCAGGCUUUCCCUGUCAGCCAUUACACUACAUCAUUUACCUUGGAGGAGGGUACAGCAGCUGCCCAGGUCAUGGUCAUGGGCCCAGAUGACCACAUUGUGUCAGUUGUAAGCUCUCUAAACAAACUAUUUGGCAGCGGGAUAGUGACUCCUUCAGGAAUUCUUUUGAAUAGCCAGAUCCUGGACUUCUCCUGGCCUAAUAAAACAGAGAGCUCAUCACCUAACCCACAUAACAACCUCCAGCCUGGGAAGAGGCCCAUGUCCUUCCUGAUGCCCACAGUAGUGAGGCCAGCGGUGGGGUUAUGUGGCACAUAUGUAGCAGUUGGAUCUUCCAAUGGAGAGAAAGCUCUGAGUGGCAUCACACAGGUGUUGAUGAAUGUUCUGUCUUCACGUAAAAACAUGAGUGACAGUUUAGCGUAUGGUAGACUACAUCCUCAACUGCAGCCCAACACUCUCCUGGUGGAUUCUGAGUUUCUAGAUGAAGACGUGGAGAUACUGCAGACCAAAGGUCACAAGGUUGAAAGAAUAGAUGUUCUGUCAUUGGUGGAAGGCACCCGGAGAACUAAUGACCUCAUCAUAGGGGUGAAGGACCCCCGUAGUGCUGAUGCCUCAGCUCUCACUAUGUCCAACAUGCCCUAG